AUGGCCGGCGGAGCCACGGCGCCUGCCUGGGGCGAGCUGAAGAGCAAAGGUGAUCAGGCUUUCCGGGAUCAGGAUUUCGAGGCAGCGGCGGCUCUCUAUUCGCGAGCCCUGGAGCUGGCGGAUGCCGAGACAUCGAAGACUCUGCUGUCCAAUCGAAGCGCUGCCUACGCGGCGUCUGGCAACUUCCGAGCCGCUUUAGAUGAUGCGACCAGGUGUGAGGAAUUGGCUCCAGCUUGGCCCAAGUCACUCUUCCGGCGUGGAGUGGCGCUGCGUGGGCUGAAGCGAUUUGACAUGGCAAUCAGUGCUUUCGCCCAGGGCCAGGAGCAGGAUCCCGGCAACCCGAACUGGCACAAGGAGAUCGAAGAGACUGAGAGCGACAGCAAGCGUUUGUCUACGCCCGUUCUGAAGACUUCCUGGGCAGGGGAGUGCCAGAUGGGCGAGCUAGAUCGAGAUGGAAGGCAGAGCCGGACGGUUUCAAGAGCUGACGAUCCUUCUUCAUCGCAUGGCCAAGAAUCGCGGUCGUUAAACUCGUGGGAGACACCACGAUUGAGCUGGAUUGACAUCCUUGCGUGCACUGUCAUAGCGGCAUUCAUUCUCAUCACGAUGGGCUUGGGCACGAGUCACACCGUCGACGACAUUGCCAAGAACAUUCGUAGCUUGGACAUGAUGAACGAUCGCCUGCAAACAGUUCUGCAUGACCAGCUUGUAACAGAGGGACGGCGGCUCCGCGAGCGGAGGGCAGUUUGGAGUUGGCAAGAGCAGCGGUCCGAAUAUGGCAGGUGCGGUGUUAAGACCGCCAAGAUUUGGGAGCCUGGGUACACGCUGUCACCAGCCACUGAGAACUGGGCCAGACAUGUGCGCGAGGCUGAUCGCGCGCAGUCUGCGCUGGCCAUUGGAUUCGUUGGUGCCACCUCAGCGGGCAAAAGCUGGCUGGUCAGCAAGUUGCAGAGCGAAGGCGCAGCUCAGCCAGCCCGGUUCGAGCAGAGCUUCGCUGGAGGUGUGGACCUCCAAUCAAUGACAUCUGACAUCAACUUGUACCUAGAUCCUGUUGAUCAAAUCUACUACGUGGAUUUCGAAGGGACAUAUGGCACGCUCCCACUGCAGUAUUAUGCGGCCGACAUGGCCAAGGUGGUGCAGCGAUGUGCAGAUGUUGCAUCAUGGGAAAGCAAGCGUCGGCAGGUCCUCAAAGAGUCCUUCCAGCCAGCAGUGGCCUACUUGAUGUGCGAUGUCGUCGUAUUUCUGACUCGGGAGAAGCUCGUUUGCCGGAGAGCUUUGGAGGAGUGUGAGCAGUUCGCUCGCGCGGCAAAUGCGAGAGUUUCCAGCGCGCUAGCUCCAGCGCUGAUCAUCGUGCAGAACUGCUGCAGGCCCAGCGAGGGCCUCUUCGACCCAGAAAUGUGCACAGAAGCCUUUCGCCGUGCUCACUUCAGUGCAGGUCGUUGGAACUACGACGACCCUUUACAAGAGGGAGCUGGUGGUCAAGUAAGUUCUGCAGCGGCGCAGUGGGCCGAGUAUUUCAGGAGUAUUGACUGCUUCUGCUUGCCGGAUGAGUACACCUUCUGUAAAAGAAGUGGCUUUGAUGGCGAAGACGUGUGCAAGGAAGUGCUGGUGAAGCUGAAGGCCACAAUGAAGCGACGAUUGGAGGAGGGCAUACCUGCUCGCAUUGAAAAUGGAGUUGGCCUCUCUCAGUUUCAAUGGUUCUCGGUCUUAUCGUCCCUUUGUGGAAUCAUCAAUGACCAGGAAACAGUCGCCAUGUCCGCGAUUUACAUCCACGCCGGUGCAGCAGCUGGUGGUGUGAACGAGCUCAAGUCCGUCCUCCUCCAGAUCAUGCACCCAAUGAAGCGGCCCGACGUUGUCGACCCACAAGACUUCCAGCUCAGGCUGGGCGUGGCCAUAGGCAUCAUUGCCCGGUUUGCCGUUCGCCAUGACCUGGCAGAAGAUGAGAUCCAUCAGGUGGUGAAGUAUCUGUCCAUGCUGUUCCCAUGCGGUGCUAUGGCCCCGCCAGCAGUUGAAAGAGCCGAUGGCAGCAAAGAGCCAGUUCAUUGCGGCCAGAACCUUCUCUUCCACAAGGGCCUCCACCGUUCCAGCUGCCUAGUGCGGACGGUUGAGGCAGGUUGGCUACAGCACCUGAGCGAAUGGCUGCAAGGUGGCGUCACGUAUGCUUGGCCCGGAGAGUUCUUUUGCUUGGAAAGUCUCUCAGAGGCUUGCAACCAGGGGAUGCUUGCGGCCUCUGUGCUGGAACAGGUAGAGGAGUACAAAGUUGAGAAAUGUCUCGAGGGUGUCUCACCAAAGGUAGGCACCCCUUGGGUCUUGAAGGCGCACAGCAGCCUGUCCACUAGUGGUCUCAAGGUGGCGCAGGACGCAGCACGCCUGUGUGUUGUCUGCACUGACGCGGGCUCGGACGGAGCAAGCUUGUGGAAGCUUUGGGCGUCUUCUCCUGACUUUCUGCCAGUUUGUGGCCAUUGCUACUCGAUCAUGGAGAGCAAUGAUUUAUGCAAGGGGGCCACCGUUGCUCCAGCUGCCGCGAUUGGCAACAUCAGGGAAGGUCGCAAAUGCGAAGCCUGUGCGCAGAAGCAUGGACGAGUGAUCGUGACACAGGGGCAAGAGGCCGCGGAAAACGCCAAAGCCGACCAUCGACUGCAGCCUUGCAGAUGUCUCGUGUGCCGGAAGUGUGCGGAAAAGGUUGCCUGGAGUGAGCGAUCGGUGUGUCCCAUUUGUGGGAUGCGAGUGCAGUGGUUGGCUGAUGAAAGGGCCUUGAUUGCCACUGGCUGGCGAGUGACGCGACCAGCUGCUAGCAGGCAAGACAAGUGUGGGAUCUGUGUCAGUCGGGCCAAGUGA